CGCGGAAAAACCAGCUUGCUUCCAGCCUAUAGGCCUGCUGAAGGACGUCUUCGAAAGCAGUCCUUGACUACGGUCACUUGGCGACUUCCUGGGUCGGGUCAUGGACUUCACGACCAUCCUGAACAGGAAAAACUCCGCCGCUGCAGCAGCCGCCGCCGAAGCGCAGCUACAACAACAGUACUUUCAGCAGAGUGCACAGUUGCACGGAGCAUCGCCCACGAUGAAGAGCGAGUCUGGUGGCUCGGACAAUCCGGUCAACGCAUACCCUCCCCACGGUCCCCCACCCAUGCAAAUGGACGCUGGGCUGGCCGACUCCUUCUACUACGCACAGCCCACGGGCUCCACUCCACGAAACAUGUCCUAUGCUCCUGCAGGAUACGCUGGCGAACCGCAGAUGCAGCAGGAACCUGUUCCUCAAGGGAGGUCGGGCAUUGACCCGCCACCUAAGACCUUCCAUUGCUCGACUUGUAACAAGGGAUUCGCGCGGCGCAGCGACCUUGCACGUCAUGAGCGUAUCCAUACCGGAGUCAGACCCCACGCUUGCGAUUGGCCUGGGUGUGGGAAGCAGUUCAUCCAGCGUUCCGCGUUGACAGUGCAUUCCCGUGUGCACACUGGAGAGAAGCCGCAUAUGUGCGAGCGUUGUGGCAAGCCUUUCAGUGACUCGUCCUCAUUGGCAAGACAUCGUCGAAUUCACUCCGGAAAGCGCCCCUAUAAAUGCCCGUACGCCAACUGUCAAAAGACAUUCACGCGCCGUACGACAUUGACUCGACACCAAAAUCACCACACUGGUACGAUUGAAGAGGCCGCCGCUGAGACCGAGGCCCAAUUGCGCCAAAACAAGGACCGUGGUCGACCCGGCGAAGGGAUGUUCUCCGAGCACGGCUCAAUCCACUCUACACCCUCCCCUGCGCAGCACCUAUCCAUGUCACCAGGUGGUGAACUUCCUCCUCUAAACAUGCACCGCUCCGCUGGCGACUAUUACAUGGGCACCGGCCCCAUCCCGCCUCAUGUGCGCGGCGAUUUCCCCCAAGCCAGCCCCCGGGCUUCCCCGACUGCGACGUCUCCCUCGCUCUCCAGCUACGGUAGUGCGCCUCAUGCUCGGCCAUCCAUGACAUCGCAUCCUUAUGCUCCGCCUCAGCCUCUGGAGCCGCCCGCCAACAGCGACCACCGGCCCAACAGUGUCAGCGGGAGCCCCCACAUGACCAGUUUAGGCUGGGCAUCUCCCUCGCAUGGCAGCAUGCCCUCCCCGGGCUCAGCCAACGACUUCACCUACCCCGAGCCGAGCGGCCCGGCAUACCCCACCUCCAUGCCGCCGCACAUGUACUUCCCCAACUCUACUAUCCGCCGUCCUACCAGCACCGAGCCUGAGAACUACGAAAUGAAGCCUCGAGGCGACCACUCAUGGUCCACAGCUGUAUGAUGCACACAAAGCAAAUGCGCUGGACACAGCUGAAGUUCAUAUCCCAUUUUUCCUUUGUUUUGUUACUUCAUUGCAUAAGCCCUUGAUUCCCACGAGAGCCUUACAAUCUCGAAUUUCAUUUAUUUCCUUUGUUUGUUCUUUUGUGUUCAUGCAUUUUCUUAUCCGUUUGUACUUAUAUUGAUGUUGAUGGGAAUCCAGCACAACUGGAAGGAGUCGGGACUAUCUGAUCGUGUUUCCAGAAUCUGGGAUUUAUUGCGCUUUUUCACAUUGUUGUUUCAGGUUGUCAGUUGUCAUCCCCUGCCCGCUUACUGCCCUUGCAAACUCUUUUUUAUGUUUUCCUUUGUCGAUUGCUGGCGCGUGGAUGGCAUUGCUUACUGGGACACGAUCAGAUGAGGAACUGGGACUGGAACUGGGACUGGGACUGCAUCCGUGGGAUAGAUAGAGAAGCGUGGGAUUAGGGAUUUUUAUCUUCUUGGGUACCAAUGGAUGGGUUCGGAAUGGGAAAGGGGUUGGUUUUGCUUUGUUAUGCUGGCUCCUGAUGCGAGUGUCUUGUCUGGUCGGGAUCUGGUUAUGGGUUAUUUAUCUGUGUUUUCUUGCUCUUGUCUGUCUUUUGCUACGUUAUUGUGUUUUAUACAUCUAAUUAUUGUUCGCUAUGCUUUUUCCUUUGCAUUUUCGCUUUCCGUCGUUUUUCUUUUCUUUUCUUUUUUUUUUCGUCUGCUUUGCUGCGCGACAAAUACCAUUUUCAAAUGAGGUCGUCUUCCACCAGCGAUCCCUUUUGUGUAUGAUAGAUCAAGAUUAAUAGACUG